GCGGGUGUAGUCAUUAUUUAUGUUGCUUUUGGGGUGACUUUCGUUGUUCGAUUUGCUUCUGGUGUUGCUGGGUUUCGUGCCGUCUGUUUUAGUACUGCCGUUAUUCGUGUUAUCUUUGUGGUGUAA